CUCAUUGUGCAUUGAUGCGCAUUGCGAGAGACAUCUUAUUAGUUCCACCCCCAACAGUGCAGCUGAGGCCGAAGGCAACAUACAUUGGCCCGGUUAGUUACUUACACAACAGAAAAACAUACAAAUCAUUUGGCAUAUAAUGCUGAGCCCGGACCGCUCGACGAUUCAUUCAAACAUGGACACGAGAGUGAACACACUGGAUGUCGAGCCUGAGUCAGAUGAAGAGUCACAUAUAGAAGACAACACAGGACAAGGAGAAAUCAGAGCUCCUGUCACAUCAUUUUCGGUCAAAGAUAUUCUAGACCCUAACAAGUUUACUACGGCUACGUUACGUCGACGGUCGAGCGACAGCGAAGRAGAUUCUGASWCAGAMAUAAGGGAGAAUCCCCAAGCUAGUGUAUGGCAUCCAUGGAUGUCUGCCACUCGAUAUAACAGACCCAGCAAGGCACAUGGCACGGAUGUCGAGAAGAAUUGUGAUGAAGAUUUAACUAAAUUAGAGCAGGAUAUUGAAUCAAGCGACAAGUCAAUGAACAAAUCAAAACGAAAACGCGUCUCUUCGGAACGAGCCAAGGAGGGCAAACCACGACGCGCAAGGACUGCGUUUACYUACGAGCAGCUAGUUGCUUUGGAAAAUAAAUUCAAAUCGACAAGAUACCUGUCGGUGUGUGAAAGACUWAACUUGGCCUUAUCUCUCGGCCUUACUGAAACUCAAGUAAAAAUCUGGUUUCAAAAYAGGCGAACAAAGUGGAAAAAGCAAAAUCCUGGYAUGGAUGUUACUGCCCCRACUCGACCGAAUAUUCCACAUGGMUCGUCCUCUAUCACUGGUUAUCCGCCUGGCUUUCUUUGCGGAGCUCAGUGUCCGUCACAAAUGCACUAUUAUUCCACUGCUAGUGGYAUUCCGUAUGUUAUACGACCACAUCCAACCUACGGGCAUAUAUAGUAACACGUUUGUACAUUGUGUUCCUUUAAGUCAGUCUUUUCAUGUGUGUGUACAGAUCUCAAAUCAAGAAUAUUAUGAUAUUUAGCUCGAAAAGCUAAUUAGAAAAUUAGAGUAUAAUUCUAAAUAACAGGCCAUUGAAAUGUUAAUCGCUUCCAAAGUAAUCGCAUCACAAUUCUCCUAGUAACAAAAAGAUAAGUGAAUUUCGUUAGACUCUGUUGAUUUCUUAUUAUCUCAUGGCUAUUAGCCACUUAAAGUCUGCUGAUAUACUGAUAGAAUAGCCAGUGUGGUUUAGUACUAGAGUGUUUCAUUGUAAACUUAAAAGCUACACCGCGAAGUGAGGGAAUUUCAACGAAAUCAAGUGCUUCACUAACCAGAAAGCAAUCACUUCAAGAACUCWUCUAAUUCUACUGGACUUGACUUUAAACUCUACAUAAAAUCAUAACACAGGACUAUCUUUUUCUAAUUUCACAAGCUAAUAACCUUGAAAAUCCAGGCAAAUCUAUGAAAAAUAGAAAASCAAACUCACUGUAAGAGUUUUUUAGAUUGUUGUACAUAUAAUAGUGACGGGGGCGUGUGUUGUAAUUGUAAAAACCUUUCAAACAUAAUGAAAUAUCCUACUUAAUUUAUGAAUUUACACUUAAAAGAAGAAUUUUAUAUAAGUUUGAUGUUGGAUGUACAUUAUAAUGAAUACAGAAACA